CCGUUGGUUGCAAACAUCGUCAGCUGAUCGCAACGCAACGUGAAAAAAUGAUGGACAAACUUUGAUUAGCAGUUUUGUUUUUGAUUUUGUUUUAAAUUUUGUUUAUUGUUGAUUAAGUUUUUAUAGUUUUUUUUUUCUGCUUUGUUUUGGAGCGCUCGUGAAUUCCUGCGGUGUUUCUGUGGCAAGUAAAGAAAAAUGUUCGACUUAAGGCUGUGCCCGUGCAUUUUACUGGUUCUCCUGGUAUCAACAUAUGGUGAAAAUGCUGCUAAAAACGAAACCAAAAUCGAAAUCCCUCACGUGAAGAAUGUAACCACUGUUGCACCUUCGGAUGUGCAGAUUUUGGAGGGUGGAAAGGUUUCCAUCACAUCCACAACGGAAAAGACCACCACAGAGAUGAACAGGUUGUAUGGUAGGGAGCAAAUCACCAAUGCUCCCACAACAAUCAACAAUACAAGUUCGACAGUUAAAGAAACCAUUGAUGUGGUUACUGCGACAAGUACUGUUGCUAAUAAAACAAGUGUGAGCACAACCACUGAAAAGGUUAUUCCGGUGAGUGAAAAGAUUGAUGCACCAACAAACAUUACAAGCCACAAGAAAACUGUUCCAAAGAAAGGGGUUAAUUUCACAACGGAGGUGCAAAAGAAUGUUACUGAAACAAAACCACUUACAAAACAAUCUGCUAAUGUUACUCUAGCUGCAAGUAGCACAACUACAGCGAGUACAACCACUUCAACAACAACAACUACUUCCACUACUACUACUACCACAACAACGACAACUGAAAGAAUUAGGAAACCUUUAUUCACAAUUGCCAGCGAUGAAGAGCCAUUUGCCCCAUCAAACUUUGUUGCUGGCAAGGGGAAGAACAGCUCUACAUUGCCAAAAGUGGAGAGUGUCAAGUCUUACGACUCGACCAAGAAAAGUGGACCUGACUACAUUGUGCCAAUUGUCGCUGUGAUCCUGUCUGUGCCACUCGUCGCAAUCCUGCUGAACGCAGUCUACAAACGCACCAAGGAGUGGUGGUAUCACAGGCACUACAGCCGCAUGGACUUCUUGAUCGAUGGAAUGUAUAAUAAUUAAUCAUGCACUAGGUUACAUACAUAUACAUAUAUCUCUUAUGAGAGCUCAGCUAGCACACAUACUUUACUUUUAUACAUAUUACGGUUUGUUUUAAAUUAAGCUACUUCGGUGCUGAACAUUGCAAUAAAAAUGAUGA